UAAUCUCAACUCUCGAGACAUAAAGCUUUUGGAUAGGCUCAAUAAAAAAUACUCAAUUAUUUGGAUAAUUAAAUGCUAUGAAUUAUAAUUUAGUUAAUUAAAUACACAGUAAUGGAUUUGUUGUAAUUUAGUUAGCCAAUAAUUUACAGUKAUUGUGCUUCUUGCUCAACCAACGUUAUAAUAAUAUUGUUUCAAAUUUUUACAUAAAUAUGUGUGCCAUCAUGAUGUUAAGUACUGUAUUUCUAUUGAGUUUGUGUGUUGCAACAUGUUUUACUACUGCAAUAAAUGGCAACGAUUGGACAUUUAAUUUUAACAAUACAAAUAUUGGAGAGUUGGAAAUGGGCAGCAGUACAAAAAUAGUAUUCUACACGCAGACAAAUACAACCUGGGAAGACGAAGAUUUACGACUUCAAAUAAUCAGUACUGAUGAAGAUGUAGCAUAUCCUAGUAGGCAUUUCUUUAAUUUACCCCAAAAUAAUUCAAUGCCAUCAAGUUUAUGGGAAAAUUCUUUUAACUUAACUUCUGAGUUUCUUGGGUAUACAAAAUUAUACCUUCAAGUAGUAAAAUUUGAAAAUAACACAAUACAAUAUGUUUUAAAUUCAAGUGAAGUUCAUAUGAACAUCAAAGUUAUUCGAAAACCACAACUGAUUGAUAAGAUAUUUGUCAUUUGUGUUGCUGUUUUGAUGACCAUUAUAUUUAUUAACUUAGGAUGCGCUCUAGAUGUUGAUCAACUUAAACAGAGUGUUAGAAAACCAAUUGCUCCUGUAGCUUCAUUUUUUGCUCAGUUCCUAAUCUUACCAAUAUUGAGUUUUAUUUACGCCAAGCUAAUAUUCCCAAAUUCAAUUUCAAUGCAAUUGGGCUUGUUUUUUACAGGAAUAAGUCCUGGAGGUGGCGCAUCUAGUGUUUGGUCUCUUUUGCUGGGUGGUAAUAUAAACCUCAGCAUUGUCUUGACAACUAUUGGAACUCUGGAAUCAUUUAUCAUGAUACCAUUUUGGGUUAUCUUUCUCGGCAAACGUAUCUUUUCUGUGGGUGAAAUGCCAGUACCCUAUUCCCGAAUUGGAUUCUCUAUUGUUGCUUUAAUUAUUCCUCUGUGUAUUGGGUAUUGCAUUCAACGUUUUAUGCCUAGAGUAAGUCGGGUUAUGACACGUAUACUGAAGCCAAUGUCUAGUUGUUUGAUAAUAUUUAUAAUUAUCUUUGCCACAGUCACUAACUUAUACCUGUUCAAAAUAUUUUCAUGGAAAAUCAUUUUAGCAGGUGCAGUGAUACCAUGGACAGGUUAUUUAGUGGGACUAUUAACAUCCAUCUUGGCACGUUUAUCUACACCAGACAUAAUAUCUAUGACAGUCGAAUCUGGUAUUCAAAACACUGGUAUUGCCAUAUUCAUGUUAAAAUUUUCUCUAGGACAACCAGCAGCAGAUAUAACAACUGUCAUACCAGUAGCUGUCGCAUUAAUGACGCCAAUUCCCUUAUUGAUAUGUUUUAUUAUUAAAAAAUGUUUUGCAAAAAAGGAUGAAAUAGUAAAUAAUCAAGAUCCAGCAACUGAAUCAAUGCUUAACAAGAAAGAAUGUGAAGUUCCAUCUGCAAAUACUGAGAAUGAAAACAAUCAACCGUGAAUAUUAACAAUAAGACUUAUAUCACACCAUGUUAGUUACUCUUGUUCAAAUUUUUUAAAUUUUAUCUUUAAACAUAUGGAUUGUACAUUUUUUUUUCUUGUGCAAUGAAAAUUUGUAUU